AUGUCGCUGGAAGAAGUCAAGCAGCAGCGCUUACUAACCCGGAAAAACAUGUCCCGCAUAAGGACAAUAGUGGAGACAAGCGAAAGUAAAACUGGAAAAAUACUUUCACCCAUUGAACUCAAGUGUCGACUCGGAAUUUUAGAUUCCUAUUUUAAGCAGGGGUUGGGCUAUCAAACGCAAAUCGAGAAGCUCGAUCCAGAAGACAAUGGUAGGGGUGACCUGGAAGACCUCUACGUCACCAUCCGUUCAAACAUCCAAAUGCAGCUCGGUGAAGAUGAACACAAUUCAACGUUCCCUGAAUCAUCAGCAGCAAUUCCUGUUUCGCAUUCAAAAAUACCAGCAUUAAAGCUACCCAUAUUCUGUGGAAGGUACUCGGAAUAUAAAAAUUUCAUCGCAUCAUUCAUGCACGUCAUCGAAAAUGAGUCAUCGCUGUCUAAUAUUGAGAAGUUUAACCAUCUCCUCAAUUGUUUACAAGGGCAGGCCUUGGAGACUGUGAAGGCGUUCCAAAUCACCAGCGAGAACUACUCAAAGGCAUUAGACAGAUUAAAGUCCCGUUACGACAAUAGCACGCUCAUCUUCAUGGAAACCAUCAAGUCGUUAUUCGAGCUGCCUUCUGCUGCAAAAGGCGGUGCUUCUCAGUUACAAAGUUUGGUCGACAACGUGUCUGCACUUUAUAGUUCGCUGUUGUCAAUCGGCUCUGAUAAAAACAUUUCGCAUUUACUGCUCAUUCACCUUGUAAUGGACAAGGUUGAUGAAGAAACGCAAAAAAAGUGGAAGGAGUCGUUAGACUUCACAUCGCUACCAUCUUGGGAACAGUGCGCAAAGGUUCUUGAACGACGCUGUCAGUUUUUAGAGUCAGCAUCGGGCUCCCUCUCGUUUGGUGAUUCUGGUAAAUCCAGCUACAAACAGGAAAACAGGAAUAAGCCGCCACACCACUUAAUUGGCAGUUGCUCUCGCUUCAAGCAACUGGAGAUUGCUGACCGCUUCAAAGAGGUUAAAAGAUGUAAACAUUGUGCUCGUUCUCAUCACAGCCUACUUCAUCGUGCUCCUACUUCAAACAAAAUGCAGUCAGUAUCGCUUUCUACAUCAUCACUUGAGCAACCAACGCAACCUGUAAGUACUGCAGCUACGCACACACAUCAAGAAAAAUCGCCACAAGACCAAGUCAUACUAGCAACUGCAGUGGUGCUCAUCCGAGAUGCGUCUGGCUGUUUUCAAUUCGGUAGAGCGCUACUCGACUCCUGCUCCCAAGUAAAAUUUAUUACCGAGGAGUUUUCCCGAAAAUUGCGCCUCCCAAGAGAAAGGCACCACGUUGAAAUCCAGAGCAUUGGGGACUCGGUAACAAAUAUUAAAUACAAGACAUCAGCCACUGUCAAAUCUCGAAUGUGUGACUAUGAGACACCAUUAUCGUUCCAUGUUACCUCGCAAAUCGCUUAUCAACCAGAGGCUGAAUUUAAUAUCACAUCUUGGAACUUGCCGGCUAACAUUGAACUCACCGACGAAAAUUUCUUUAAGCCAACACGUGUAGACCUACUCAUCGGCACAGAAAUCUUUUUCGACAUUCUGUCUAUUGGGCAAAUAAAGUUAGCACCUGGGUUACCGUCACUACAGAAGACUUUAUUAGGUUGGGUCGUCUCUGGCCGAUAUCAACGACCUACAGAAAAUUCAUCAUCAAUUUGCCUACUUUCGGUUGAAGAAUCAGUGGAUGCCAAUUUGCAACGCCUCUGGAAGCUGGAUGAACCAUCAAAGGCAGACAUGUGGACCACUGAGCAAAGGAAUUGUGAACAAAGUUACUUGCAAACCGUGCAGAGAAACGCCGAGGGGAGAGUUGUUGUCAAGCUACCGUUUAAAGAGGCCCCUCAUUGUCUUGGCCAGUCAUACGCAACUGCACUUCGAAGAUUUAUUGCUCAGGAGCGGCGUAUAACGCGCUGUCCUGACCUUCACCAACGAUACAUCGCAUUUAUGGAAGAGUAUUCCCGCCUUGGGCAUAUGAGCAUCGUUAAAAAGGUGGAUUUCGAUAAUCCACAUUACUAUGUGCCUCAUCAUUAUGUCCUGAAGCCAACUAGCACAACAACUAAGCUCAGGGUAGUAUUCGAUGCCUCCUGCAAGAGUACAACCCAAAGAUCACUCAACGAUUUUCUUGCUGUUGGGCCUACUCUGCAUCUUGCUACUACGGUUUCGAUUAUAUCGUUACACACUUACUGCUGA